AUGCGAGGUUCAGAGCAGGACCCUGCCGCCCUGGGCUCUGUGGCUGUCGCCGUUCUGCCGGGUGGCCACGUCUGCUCUGCCGUGCUGGAGCCACUGUCUGCUGUUCUCUUGCAGAAAAACCUGCUCAACCAAUCUGGUGGUAACGGUGUGCACUCCCUCCCGCAGGCACGUGCGCUGACCCCGCAGACGGCAGAGACGGACGCCAUCCGGUUUCUGGUCGGGACGCAGUCUCUGAAAUAUGACAAUCAGAUCCACAUCAUAGACUUUGACGACGAAAACAACAUCAUAAACAAAAAUGUCCUCCUCCACCAAGUGGGUGAGAUCUGGCACAUCAGUGCCAGCCCCGCGGACAAGGGCGUGCUGGCCACCUGCUACAGCAAGAUGUCGUGUGGGAGCCCACGGGCGACGGGACGCGAGUCAUCUCCCUGGCGGACAACCACCUUCUGCUGUGGGACCUGCAGGCGAGCUCCGGCCGGGCCCAGCGUCAGCACUCUGUCAGCCUCACUUUGUGACCCUGGGCCGUGGCAUUUAAUACUGAGCCCCCGAUCGAUCCGCGUCUCCACACCCAGCUCCUCCGUUUUUUAUUGUCGGAGGAUCUUGCCCUGCGUGCUGGCCAGCUCGGCGUCGCUGGAAGGCAAGGGGCAGCUGAGGUUCACCUCGGGACGCUGGAGCCCGCAUCACAACUGCACCCAGGUGGCCACGGCCAGCGACACCGCCGUCCGAGGCUGGGACACGCGGAGCAUGAGGCAGAUCUACUGCAUGGAGAACGCCCAUGGGCAGCUGGUGCGGGACCUGGACUUCAACCCCAACAAGCAGUACUACCUGGCGACCUGCGGGGACGACUGCAAGGUCAAGUUCUGGGACACGCGCAAUGUCGCGGAGCCCGUGCGGACCCUGGAGGAGCACUCGCACUGGGUGUGGAACGUCCGCUAUAACCACUCGCACGACCAGCUGGUCCUCACGGGCAGCAGCGACAGCCGGGUCAUCCUCUCCAACAUGGUGUCCAUCUCCUCGGAGCCCUUCGGCCACCUGGUGGACGACGACGACCUGAGCGACCAGGAGGAGCGCCGCCCAGAGGACAAGAGCCAGGAGCCCCCGCAGGACGGCGUCAUCGCCACAUACGAGGAGCACGAGGACAGCGUGUACGCCGUGGACUGGUCCUCAGCCGACCCCUGGCUCUUUGCGUCCCUGAGUUAUGACGGGCGGCUCGUGAUCAACAGGGUCCCCCGGGCGCUCAAGUACCACAUUCUGCUCUGACGUCCGUCCGUCCGUCCGUCCGAGUCAGGCCGCAGCCCCGCCCUGGGGACCCGCCCCGAGACGCAGCAUUUGUGAACAGCGAGGGCACCACGCACGGCCCUCCGGGCACCCAGUCCCCUUGCCGCGCGGAGACCUCGGCCUCCACCCCGGGCCUGCCUGCCGCCUCGUCUCUCGGCCCCUUCUCUCCUUCAGGGGCGAUGGGGCUUGUUUCACUUCAAAAAUAACCUUCAUUUCCAUGAUGUUAACUCAUCUUUCUCUUGAGAUUAAAAAUGAAGUAAACACAC